AUGGCCAUCACCGACCCUUUGGUCAAGUAUCGCACACUCGUGUCUACCAAACUUCUCGCCCCGGACCCCUCUCAGCAUCGGCUAGCCAUUCACCUUCAGAAGCUGUAUUCCCGACUCAAAGACUACGCUCCAGAGGUCGACUACCGCGAGCGUCUCAAGCAAGUCGCCGAAAUCCCCGAGGCUCGGGAUCCGGAAGAGGCCGCCGCAACUUUAGCCAUGCCAAGCCAUCCGAUAUGGGACAACCCACUGUUCAAGCACCUGGCGAGAAAAGCGAUGCCAGAAACGACCGACCCGAAUCCUAUGGCACUGGUUCACGUCAUGACUAGUCUGGAGGGUGCCAUCACGAUUAAGUCGCCCAAAGGACUCUUCCUCUCCGGCGAGGUCGGCGUUGGCAAGUCGAUGCUGAUUGACUUGUUGGCUCAGGGUUUACCCACAGAAAAGAAGAGACGCUGGCACUUCAAUACCUUCAUGCUAUACACGCUCUCGCAGCUCGAGAGAUUUCGCCAGUCGCAUCCAGAGCUCACGGGCAAUGAGAAGGAGUAUUCCAUGCUAUGGCUCGCCAAGAAGCUCGUCGAAGAGUCCCCGAUCUUGUUCCUGGACGAGUUUCAGCUUCCGGACCGCGCAGCAAGCAAGAUCCUUAGCCACUUGUUCAUCGCUUUCUUCCACCUUGGAGGCGUCCUUAUAGCCUCGUCCAACCGCAUGCCCGAGGAACUCCAGAAAGCCAUUGGUGUCGAGUACACAGUCCCGCCAUCGGACGGAUUUCUCAAGAGUCUGUUCCUUGGCGGAGCUCGUUCUAAGUCUACUCUACAUAGCCAAAACGACUUCGCAGCCUUUCUUGAAGUACUCAAGGCCCGUUGUGACUUCUGGCACAUGGAAGGAGCUACUGACUUCCGCCGACGAGAAUCUGGCGAGACUGUCUCUGUUGAAACUCCGCUUACCAGCUCGGUCGUAGAACAAGCCGAGGUUAAGGAUGGACAAGAAACCUCGGAAACCACAAAACCAGCAAAAUACUUCAUGCUGGACUCGGAUUCAACACCCUGGUCAACAGAACUCUCCUCCUAUCACUCAGAACCCUGGAGCCCGGCAGAGCUCACGGUGUAUGGUCGCACAAUCCGUGUACCCCGCCAACGACAUGGCGUAGUCUACUGGGACUUUGAUCCCUUGGUCGCGACGUUCGGCCCAGCAGAUUACGUGACCAUGGCAUCGACAUACCACACCUUCAUCAUAGACAAGGUCCCAACUCUAACAUCACUCCAAAAGAACGAAGCCCGCCGGUUCAUCACUUUGCUUGACGCCCUCUACGAGGCCAGAUGCAAAUUGUUCGUCCGCGCUCAGACGGGUCCGGACGACCUCUUCUUCCCGGAUAUCCGCGCACAAGAGAAAGCCGCCGCCGCAGCCGCCGCGGAGGAAGUCGUCGACUCGGACGCCAUCUAUUCCGAAACCAUCGCAGAAGUCUAUCAGGACUCCGCGGCGCCGUUCCGACCCAACAUCUCGUACUACGACACAGAAACCCCGACGGCCAAGUACGAUCCCGAUCAGGAUUCCGAUUUCGGGAAGUUAGGGCACGUGAGCGGGACGAGUCCGAACUUCAACGAGACAGCCAAGUUCAUUGGGGAGGACGAACGCUUCGCUUUUCGCCGUGCUGCCAGUAGACUCUGGGAGCUCUGCAGUGCUGCGUGGCACGCCCGUGAGGGCCCGCCCGAGGCGUGGUGGACUCCGGUCCCCCGCGCCGCACGACACUGGGAGAACUCCUCGCCGUCCAUGCCAAAGAAGGACGAGCCUCUAUCGCCCGGAGGUAGAAAGACAGACGCGGUCAUGGGACCAUCGAGACCCGUUGACGGGCCCUUCGGCACAGACAAGCUCGUCAUCGAAAGGUGGCAAGCUCUAGAGGAGGCAGAGCGCAAGCUGGAAGAGUCUCACAGGAGAUGA